GGCCCUUCAAAUCUGACAAUCCCCACCUUCCUCGCUCAUCGCUUUCCCUCUGUCUUUACUAUACAGUUCAGCCAAAACUUUUCUGGUUUGAUUGUUCAACUUGCUUAAAAUUUUGGAUAGUCUUGCCAUAGCCUGUUACUCGCACCACGACAAGCGUUAAACCCUUCACUUUCUCCUCCGCACCCGGUCCCCUUCUUCCUUCUCUCUACUAUCCUUCCCAUGAGCCCGGCCUCUUCUUUCAACCUCACUCCAAACAGGUUUUAGUUUAUUUCUAACAUGGGAAGUUGUUUGGGCACCCAAAUUAAAGCUGAGAGCCAGUGUAACUCAGGUAUUUCUGGUUUUGCUUGCUCUUUGGUGCAACCCUGUUGUCGGGUGACCAUGCUAUUGAUUUCUCGAUUCAUAUCCUUGUAGGGUCGACUUCAAAACACGUGAGCACAGAUGGAAGUGAUCUGCGCAUCACGGGUAGCGAGGUUUCAAAGGCCUCGGCGACUAAUACUAGUCUGAGUAUGGGUGAGAUCUUGCACUCAGCCAAUUUGAAGAGCUUUACUUAUGCAGAACUGAAGGCGGCCACGCGAAAUUUCCGGCCAGAUAAUGUUUUAGGAGAAGGUGGUUUUGGAUCAGUUUUCAAAGGGUGGAUUGAUGAGAAGUCCUUAACUGCUGCCAAGCCUGGCACUGGCAUUGUUAUUGCUGUGAAAAGACUUAAACAAGAUAGUAUGCAAGGUCACAGUGAGUGGUUGGCUGAAGUGAAUUGCCUAGGACGAUUUUCUCAUCCCCAUCUUGUAAAGUUGAUUGGGUAUUGCCUUGAAGACGAACACCGCCUUCUGGCGUAUGAAUUUAUGCCUCGAGGCAGCCUGGAGAAUCAUUUAUUCAGGAGGGGCUCUUACUUUCAACCUCUCUCUUGGAGCCUCCGUUUGAAGGUCGCUCUAGGUGCUGCUAGAGGGCUUGCAUUCCUUCACGGUGCUGAAACAAAAGUGAUAUAUAGGGACUUCAAGACCUCAAAUAUCUUGCUUGAUUCAAACUACAAUCCAAAACUUUCUGAUUUUGGGUUGGCCAGGGAUGGACCAGCAGGGGACGAAAGUCAUGUCUCCACUAGAGUAUUAGGAACCUAUGGAUAUACAGCUCCUGAAUAUGUAGCCACCGUCAUGGCAGGUCACCUGACUUCAAAGAGUGACGUCUAUAGUUUUGGAGUAGUGCUGGUGGAAAUGUUAUCAGGUCGGCGAGCAAUGGACAGGAGUCGACCAUCAGGACAGCGCAACAUGGUGCAGUGGGCUAAGCCAUACCUGGCAAACAAACGCAAACUUUUUCGUGUGCUUGAUAACCGUCUUGAAGGCCAGUAUACAAUAGACGAGGCGUACAAGACAGCUACACUGGCAUUGCGAUGCAUUUCAACGGAAUCCAAGUUCAGGCCAAGCAUGGACGAGAUUGUUUCUGAGUUGGAGCAGCUUCAAGUUCCCAGUGGAAAUGGAGGCAAACAAAAGCCCGCUGUUAAUAAAUCCAGUGGUAGAAGAAGUGAAGGCGAUGCUAAGAAUGGGACGACCCCCACGGUUUAUCCCCGUCCCUCUGCGUCCCCACUCUAUGCUUGAAACUCGAUAAAGCUCAAUGCUGCAAAUCCAUAGCUAUCCAGAUUGUACACAUCUAAUAUCUUAUGUCAGUUAAUAUGGGUGACAUAUGUAUUCUCUGUUUUGUUUGUAAAGUGCUUGUAGAAAAUAGAUAUAGUUGUGAAAGCAGGAUGGGAUGCAAGUGGUUUUGCAUGACCAUAGAGUAUAGUUGGCUUUGUUUUUUUAUGUUUUGUUUUGUUUUUUGCUUUUUGCUGCCUUUUCCUCCCUGUUGUGGGCAGUGUACUGGAAUUUGCUGAAUCCGAAUUAAUAUACCAUUUUCGUGAUA